UGUUUCAUCGAGAAAGUCAUCGUUAUAAACCCUAUGCGAUAAUUCGGUUACACUUAAAGAUUGUUCUUUGACUUUUCGAUUUACAGAAUUAUUGUGUAGCUAGGAGUAAUUCAUCAUAUAGAUCGAUGCAGACAAAAGUUGAAACGACGAUUACUUGGGUGAUUAAAAAUUUCUCAUCUUUGCAAUCAGAACCAAUUUACUCGGAUAAUUUCGUCGCAGGUGGCUGCAAAUGGCGUCUUAAAGCCUAUCCAAAGGGAAAUAAGAGUGCUAAUCAUUUGUCUUUGUAUCUAGAUGUUUCUGAUAAUGAAUCUUUGCCUAUUGGAUGGAGAAGACAUGCUAAAUUUUCUCUGACUAUAGUUAAUAAAUUCCCGGAAAAUUUCUCUCAACGAAAAGAGUGUCAGCACUGGUUUGAACAUAAGGCUCCUGACUGGGGGUUUAUAGAAAUAAUUAGCCUCACUAAACUUAAUGACGAAGAAGGGUUUCUGGUGAAUGGAGAACUCACAGUUGUUGCCAAGAUAGAAGUUCUUGAAGUUGUAGGAAAAUUAUAUGUACCGGAAUCUUCUUCACCAGUAACGGUAACCACAUAUGUCAAUGGGUUCCAAAUUCUUCCUUCUCAGGUAGAAUCUGUGAAGUCAUUAUUUGCAAGAAACCAAGAUCUUGUAUCAAAAUUUCGUCAAAAGAAUCCAUAUUUGAAGACGGCGUACAUGAACGUCCUCCUAAGCAUAAACCAAACGUUGUGUCAAUCUCCUCUAAAACUCUCCAAUGAUGGUAUCUCUAAUGCAAGCGCUGCACUUGCAUAUUUGAAAGAAGCAGGACUUGAGGUGGAUUGGUUGGAGAAGAAACUUGUUGAAGUAAAGGACAUAAAGAAGAAAGAAGAGGCUUGUUUGAUCCGGCUGAAAGAAAUGGACGACCAGGUUACGCCAUUGAAGAGGAAGUUAUUAGAUCUAGAAGCUCAGAUAGAUAAGGAGAAGGUAGAGUUGUUAGCUGCAAGAACUCAUCUCUCCUCUAACGUUGACAAUGUUGGCUGAUAUAUAAUACUUGAUUGUUCUUGGCCACUUGGUUUAGGUUCUGUUAGGUUUUCUGAUUUUUUUUCUUGCGUUUAGAUUUUUUUAUUUCGAAAAUGAGAACCCUCUUUAUGUGGAAACGUCUUAAUAUAUGAUAGUUCUUCAAUACUUUUUUUUUUAUAUGUAAGUAUUUUGCAAUUGAGUUUGAUGCCAUUCUUUA